AGCUUCUUAUUGUUGCUAUUAUUAUUAUUAUUAUUUUAUUUAUCAAUGAGCGGGAGAGUUGUCGCUAGCUUAGCUUAGCUGGCUUCUGCAUAUAGGAGGUAUCGAUUUGCAAUUUAUAGCCCACGGAACAGUUGGAAAGUAAGCGCUUUUGUUAUUUGACAUUGACAGGGCGAGUGAGUUAUUGAGUUUACGAACGGAGCGCUCUUUGCUGCAAUUUGAACUGUCCGCAUUUUGAAGCAGUGUGCUAAAGUGAGGAAAAAAUGACUGUCAAAGCAUAUUCAGUCGACCUGAACAAGCCUCUUGUUUUUCAGGUUGGCCAUUUAGGUGACACAUAUCAGGAAUGGGUACAUCAGCCAAUUGUUAGCAAGGAGGGUCCCCGUUUUUUCGAAAGCAACUUCUGGGAGUUCCUCACCCGUACUGCCUGGUGGGUUAUACCUCUAGUAUGGUUGCCUGUUGUAUCUUUGACCUUAUUGAUUUCCAUCAAAAGGGGUUUGUCACCAGACCAGGCAGCGUGUGUUCUAUUGUCUGGCAUCUUUGUCUGGACACUAAUGGAAUACAGUCUGCAUCGGUUCCUUUUCCAUAUCAAGACAAGUAGUUAUUGGGGUAAUACUCUGCAUUAUCUGCUUCAUGGAUGCCACCACAAGCAUCCAAUGGAUGGAUAUCGACUUGUUUUCCCACCUGCAGCAACGGCAGUACUAUUAAUUCCGUUUUGGUUCCUGGUGAAGCUGAUAACCCCUUACGCUGCGGCUCCUGCUGUUUUGGGUGGAGGAUUGCUUGGAUAUGUGAUGUAUGACGUUACCCAUUAUUAUUUACAUCAUGGACAGCCUUCUCAAAAUUUGGCACGCGGACUAAAGAAAUAUCAUCUGAAUCAUCAUUUCAAAAAUCAGACAAGUGGGUUUGGAAUUACGUCAUCUCUUUGGGAUAGGGUGUUUGAUACACUUCCUCCGAAGAAGGCAUGAGAGGGUUGAGACGAAUUUUUCUAUUUGCCACUGUUGAUGACUGAUUGUAUAUCUUAAAUGGAGCUGGCAUGAUUAAAUACCUUCUUAUUGCCUUUUCGAAACAGAGGCGGCGUGUUGCAUUCAGGACAGAUAAUCUAGUGCUCUGCUUUGGGUUGUCGCUUUGACCGAGUUGGAGGCAACUUUGUUUUGCUAGUUGGGAUUGAAUUCUCUCUGCCACCAUUUGUCGCUGUAUUAUUAUAGUUCCAAUCUUUUUCAAUUAAUUGUUUCAUGCAGUUCUUAGGUAGAUAAUUGUCUGUAGAACUUGGUCUUGCUUUGUGACUGGGUAAUGAAUAUUAAGAGUGAUAUAAUUUUAAAUUGAUUCUUUAUUAAUUCUAAAGCCAAGUUCAUUUA